UUUUUUGGACGGGAAAGUACGGAACUGUGCUUUCAUUUUCGCUUUUAUUGCUGAGUAAUUCUUCGUGUCGUGUGUCGGUGUCAAAUAAAGACGAUAAAAAACGAUCCUCGAUAUCCCUGCUCACCGCUGACUUCACAGCGAGUUUAUAAACUUUCUCUCAGUUUUACUUACUGUUUAUCGAGAUGGCUGCUCUGGAUAUUCGCCUCGAGUCGAAGAAACAGGUGGAUGACUUCUCCCUGAGACUCACCAAAGAGGCAGAGGAGCUGGUUUCAAAGUUUUUCCCUCACAAGAUUGAAGAGCUGCAGAUGAUGCUGAAGACCUUUUCCAGUUGUGAUGACCUGGCGUCCCUGAAAGCACCACUGGACAUCCCGAUCCCUGACCCGGUGAAAGAGGAGGCCAAGCGCAAAAAGAAAGAGGAGAAAGAGGCGAAGGAGGGAAAGAAGGACAAGGACAGCGAUAAAGAAGACGAGGAGUCAGGGCCUUCCUGUGGACCCAUCUGUGUCAAUGAGCGGGUGGAAAGUCUCCUGCAGGAGGUCAAGCCUCAGAUCCAGACACUGAAGGAGAAGCUCAACACGGUGUCAAUGUGGGUGCAACUCCAAAUCCCUAAAAUUGAAGAUGGCAACAACUUUGGAGUGGCUGUGCAGGAGAAAGUGUUUGAGCUGCUGACCAACACGCGCACCAAGGUCGAGGGAUUCCAAACUCAGAUUUCAAAAUACUAUAGUGAGAGAGGUGACGCUGUGGCCAAAGCCUCCAAACAACCCCACGUGGGAGACUAUAGGCAGCUGGUCCACGAGCUGGACCAGUAUCAGUACUGUGAGCUCCGCCUCAUCGUCCUCGACAUCCGCAACACAUACGCUGUGCUGUUUGACAUCAUUAACAAGAACUAUGACAAGAUUAAGAAGCCCAGAGGAGACGGGAAAGCACUCAUCUACUGAGGCUGAUAUCAGCUCACUGCCACACACACAGGCCAUCAGACUGGAUACAGCGAGUCUAGUGUGACACUCUCAUCAAGUAACAAAACACCCACCCGGAUCCACAAAAACGUCUCAUAUUAUGCAUGUUUUGGUUCAGAUAACAAAAUAAAGCUACAUGAUUCUGUUAA